AGCAGACAUCCCCGACGGUCAAAACACAGACAUCGUAUCGACGUUCACAAACGCACAACACGGUCUCACCGUUGUCCUCGUCGUCGCGAACGUUUUUUCGAAAGUAACUUGAUUCUCGAAACAGGCCGAGACGAAGAUGCGCUUCUAUACUGUAGCCUUGCUCGUGUUCGGAAUAAUGGCUGCGAUUUUGGCAUCGCCGUUACCAGGUUACAGUCACCAUAACCACCAUGUUAUCCAUGUACCUUAUCACGUGCACACGGUCCAUCACCACCAUGUGAAAAAAAUACACGUACCAGUGCACCACGUCGAGAAAGUAGCUGUUCCCGUCCCGGUCCCAGUGCAUCAUAUUGAGAAAGUACCUGUUCCAGUACCUGUGCACCAUGUAGAAAAGGUGCAUGUACCUGUUCCGGUCGUGGAAAAAGUCCCUGUACCUAUUCCCAUACAUGAAGAAAAGGGUUGGUGGUAAAGGGAGCAUAUCUUCUUUGUUUAAUAUUGUUUUAGGUUAUCGUGGUAAGGCGCAAUGAGCAAAGCUAGUGAAAUUUAUUCUCCAUUGCGGGACCAUUGAAAGAAAGCGAUUUUCUCGUUGAAUUGAAGAAUGACGAAAUCAAACAGUACAACAUUACUCGAGCUGCCUAUUAAAUGUUUAAUAAUUUAGCAUAAGAACCAGCAUAUUCUGUAUGCACGCGUGUAUACUCAGAACAAAGAUAUCUGUACAUAUUUUUUCAUCACGUUAUUA